UGCCGUGGAGACGAGGCUGAGCCCCGCCCCCUCCUUCCGGCCCCGGGACCAUGGUGCUCAUCAAGGAAUUUCGGAUAAUCCUGCCAAUCUCUGUGGAUGAGUACCAGGUGGGACAGUUGUAUUCUGUGGCCGAGGCAAGUAAGAAUGAGACUGGUGGCGGUGAAGGUGUUGAAGUGUUAAAGAAUGAGCCAUACGAGAAAGAUGGUGAGAAAGGACAGUACACGCACAAGAUCUACCACCUUCAACGCAAGGUGCCCAAGUUUGUACAGAUGCUGGCUCCUGAGGGUGCUCUGAACGUGCACGAGAAGGCUUGGAACGCAUACCCAUACUGCAGAACUGUCAUUACGAAUGAAUAUAUGAAGGAUGACUUCCAGAUCAAAAUUGAAACCUGGCAUAAGGCUGAUCUAGGCAACGCAGAUAAUGUACAUGGCCUUGAUCCCACCACAUGGAAAAAUGUUGAAGUUGUUCACAUAGACAUCGCAGACCGGAGCCAGGUUCACUCAAGGGAUUACAAACCAGAGGAGGACCCCGCCAUAUUCAAGUCUGUCAAGACAGGUCGUGGGAAACUGGGCCCUAAUUGGAAGAAAGAACUGGCAAAGAGAAAAGAUUGGCCACACAUGUGUGCUUACAAACUGGUGACCGUGAAGUUUAAAUGGUGGGGCCUUCAGAGUAAAGUGGAGAGCUUUAUCCAGAAGCAAGAAAGGCGUUUAUUCACAGUCUUCCACCGGCAGCUGUUCUGUUGGAUGGACAGGUGGAUUGAUCUUACCAUGGAUGACAUCCGACGUAUGGAGGAGGAAACAAAGAAAGAGCUGGACGAGAUGAUAUUAAAUGGUCCAGUGAGGGGACUGACAGCUACUGAUGACUAGCACCAGUUUCCUGUUUUUAGCUCUUCUCGAAGACUGCGUCCAAGGCUUCAACACCCCAGCCAAUGAGAGAAGUCUCUGUUCGCCGAGUAAACCAUCCCCGUCACCUCAUUUACAGGAUGAUUUCUAACCAAGCCUCCGGUGUUUCUAAAAGAAAUUGAUUGUGAGCAGACAGAGAAAUUUAAAACAGAGCACUAAAUUUAAUCCCAUGCAGAGUAUAUUGAGUGUUAGGGUUUGCUGUGUGCUGUACCUGUUAAUGAUAUACUGUGUGUCUGGACCAAAACCUGAUUGUGGUUAAUAGAUGGUGACCAAUCUGAUCUAUCCCAGCAAGUAGCCAUUAUGUGCUGUUCUGUUAUUAAUCAUUUCCAGUCAUGUCACUAUAACCCACUAAUUGUUAAUUUAUAGAGAAUCAUUAAGUUAUUCGGUUGUCUUAAAGUGCAAUAAGAUGCCCCCAUCUCUCCGGGAGCGCGACUGCAUUCCGUGGUCUCCAAGAGCACAGGAAGAUCAGUGAAGAAAUGAAAUGUGGGGCUGGGAGUCUGGAGGAGUGGGGUAAAGAGUCCAUGUCCUGCUCCCAUUCCCCUCCUCCUGAGAGGUCAGAAAAGCUUUGCUCAGCGUGGCUCUACUGAUGUCAAUGAUGGGAAUCCCGACUUGUUUUUAUGGGGCAUCUGUCAUUGUGAGAGGGGCUUUAACUCCAUUGAAAGCUGCUCCCUGUUGUAACAGACAUGAGGAUGUGUUAGCCUGUUUGAUUUUAAUCGUGCUGCUGAUAGCUGGAUACAAAUUGCCCAGAGCACAGGAGCUCACCUCAGGACUGAGAUUCAGUAACAUAUCUCCCUUUUACCGACCCACUGUCCCCCACCCCACCCCACCUCGUCCUGGCUUAGUUCCCCCUGUGCUGUUUAUUUCAUGCACAUUCUGCAUCCCUCUCUUAAUCAGUAUUCUUCUCCUCUCUCAUAGUCAUCUUGAAGAAAAUGUCACUUAUUUUUUUUAAUUGUUUCACUCACGCAAUAAUAAAAAAAUUCCAAUAGCA